GUUUGACUGUGAGCCGCUUGGUGUUUGGAUUCUCCUCACUGAAAAGCAGAUGAAGUGUAGGAUGAGGGCAAUGCUUCAACAAUUUCAAGAGUCUGGACCCUCUAACAGGGACAAACAGAGCUCAAGAGCACCGUCUUCUGGCAAAAAGGAAAACAUCUAGGGAUUCUGGUGGAUUACACUCUGUCAACUUCAUGUAAGCCCUCCAUUUGUUAAAGGAGCUUGGGCAUUUUUUGUUCUUGGACUAACUCUUCACAGCUCCUCCUGCCAGAGCAUGUCUGCAAAAAUGGCUUUAUAGCCAAUGACUGUAGGCAGAAUAGAAGAAAAACAACAUAAAGCAUGGAGGCUUCAAGUUCUGCUCAUGCAGGGACUUCCCCCUCUACACCCAUCUUCCCCACCUCUCUUUCUCCAUCCUCUCAUGGCUACUUUCAGUUCUUCUUGGAGUACCAGUGCAAUUCUGUCAUUGUGGAACAUUACAACCACACUGGCAAGCUGCAGAAAGACCGCUACCGUGAGGGGCUCAAACCUGAGAGUAUUGCAUUCCUGGUGGUGUGUCUUCUCAUCGUCCUGGAGAACGCUGUGGUUCUCAUUGCCAUUUGGAGGAACAAGAAGUUCCACUUGCCCAUGUAUUACCUGCUAGGUAACCUGACUCUGUCUGACCUGCUGGCUGGGAUUACCUACAUGGCCAACAUUAUCAUGUCUGGACCUAAUACUUUGAAACUGACACCAUUGCUGUGGUUCCUCAGGGAGGGAGGGGUCUUCAUCACUCUGGCUGCCUCUGUCAUUAGUCUGCUGGCCAUUGCAAUUGAAAGGCAUGUUACUAUGGUGACCAUGAGGCCAUACCAUGGGGCAAAGCGAGGACGGAUGUUGGCGCUGAUUGGUGCAAGUUGGGCCCUGGCAAGUUUUUUGGGGGUCCUACCUAUUCUGGGAUGGAACUGCAUCCACAGACUGGACCAGUGUUCAACAGUGCUCCCACUUUAUGCCAAAAGCUACAUACUCUUCUGCGUAUCCGUGUUCAGUGCAGUGCUCCUGGCUAUUGUGGUCCUUUAUGUCAGGGUUUUCCGCAUUGUCCGCACCAACACGCAGCGCCAGCGGCUGGGUCUGUCAGGCAGCAUGCGAAAAGGCUUAGCGAGGAAGUCACAGAAAUACAUUGCCCUCCUCAAGACAGUCACCAUCGUGCUGGGCGUCUUCAUCGCUUGUUGGCUGCCCCUCUUCCUCCUCCUCCUCCUGGAUUUUUUUUGCCCAACCCGCAGCUGCAGCCUGCUCUACAAGGCUGAUUACUUCCUGGGAGUAGCCAUGGUCAACUCGCUUCUCAACCCCAUUAUCUACACUCUGACCAGUAAAGACAUGAGGAGAGCCAUUCUGAGGCUGCUUUGUCGGCCGUGUCUGAUGACCAGAGACGGCCAAGUAAAGAAGAUCGGGAUGCCAUUCCUGGAGUGCAGUUUCAGUAAGACUGAGGUGGCUUCACAGAAGUUGGAGGGGGGACUGGAGACGACCAUUUCCUCUGGGAACGUUGUCACCACCCCAUCUCCAAUUAAAGCUCUCUACCCUAAACUCUUCAAGUCAUAAGGAGAUAGUCUGACUGGUUGAGUCCAUAAACGUGUGAAUGGAUUUCCCACAAAACAGAGGACAUGUAGCACAAAUGCAUCUUAUAAAGAAGAAGCAGAUCUGGUAUUCUCAAAUUUGGAGUAUAGCCAGAAGCAGAUGUUAUGGAGGCACAAGAGAAUCAUGUUAAGGCAAAUGUCUCACAUUGACAAGUCAAAAGUGGUGCGGUUGAAGCAACAUAACCACAUCCACAAACUUCACUGUGACAUGAUCACAGAACAAAAGGCCAUAAGGAUGCUACUCAAAUGUGAACAAGCCAACAAACUAGCCUAACGUUCAUGAAUAUAAUGCAAGUGAUGAGUCUCCUUAACAGAUUUGCACUGAAUUCAUAACCAUGAAUGGAGCCGCAGGUUUGUAUUAAAGUUUCCUGCGGCUCUGCAGUUUGCUUUGAAGUCUGGAAGUAUGUUUCUGUGAAAGCAAAGACUCUUGUGACUGAAAAAGUAUAAACUGAGCACAAACAUUUUCACCGAGACCUGCUUGGUUAAUGGUGAAUGAGUGUGACUGUCUUUUCCACUCUCCGCAGUUUCUUAUGCCUUUAAUACAUCACAGGCACCAUGGUGUGCUAGAUUUGAUAUUGUUCAGCACCCCUACGCAUAUAGUAUCUGUGUACACAGGGAGAGUUACGGGGUAAAGAAAGAUAACAGGAAAGAGAGAGGUGGCACUUACUCUUAACUGCUCUUGCAAAGACAGCUCAGUGGAGAAUGCUGCGACCUAGUCGUGGGAGGGAGGGAGGCACAAAAUUAAAAUCCCCCUCUGUUUUGAAAUGACAGAUGGUUAACCAAUUUAAACCCAAGCGGAUGGUUGCUGGAGUUGCUCUCUGACCUUUUGAAAUGUCAUUCAGGCAUCUGCAGGAAAAUUUCUAUACCAACUAAAAAAACAAAACGUCAUCAUAUAAUCUGAUUAAUUGUCAGACGUAAUA